AUGGCAGGACGAGAAUCUCGGAGCAGUGUUUGUGAGAAGAUGUGCCCUCAGCAGAGAGCUCGUCAUGAAGCCUACAGCGAGCCAUCUAAAGAAGCUCAGAGCUGGAUGGCAGUGGCGAGACAGCACGUGUGCACGCACCAGAAUAAUCAAAAACCUCGCCAAGUCUGCAAACUCACCGCUGCUGCUGAGCGUCAAAAUCAACUCACAGCACAAUUAAAAGCCGCCGAGGCAAGGAGUCGUAUUAGACAGCUGAGACAACGCUAUCAAAACCUGAAGGAGCAGGAAAUUAACUUAAUGAUUUCAUGCCAGUCUACCGCGCAGAGGGCUGUCCGCCUGGAGCAGCUACUCCUUGUGAGAGAGAGGAAGAUAAACCACACAGAUUGCUUGGACCAAUUACAGAGAAGAAGAAUUGAGGAGAUCCUAGAGGAUGAGAAAGGCAUGUCCAUCAGUCGUAAAUGA